AUGUCUUCCAGGUCGGGUGAGAAUGAGCCUCUACUAGGCCAUCGACAUGCUGAAUUUACGAAACCCGAUCGUGGGAGAUUUAACUACGUCAAAAGCCUCCUCUGGGGCCCUGCAUCAAUAGAACGAUCUGUGGUGAUGAAGCUAGAUCUCACCAUUCUACCCUACUUCUCGCUGAUAUGGUUCCUGUUCGGCGUAAACCGCGCCAGCUAUAGCCAUGCCUACAUCAGCGGCAUGAAAGAGGAUCUCGAUUUUCAGGGCAAUCAGUUCAAUUUGAUGAUCACGAUUUACAUGGUCUUCUAUGCAAUCUUCCAAAUUCCGUCCACAUCGCUCCUCACGUUGGCGCGUCCAAAGUACGUGUUCGUGGCUGCGAACGUGGCGUGGAGUGUUUUGACUCUGCUCACCUUUCGGAUGCAACACGUCUACCAACUCUUCAUACUAAGCGGCUUCGAGGGUGCGUUUUCGGCUGUUGCAUAUGUUGGAGCGCAUUUCAUCUAUGGAUCGUGGUACAAGAAGUCCGAAUUGAGUACCCGAGCGGCAAUCUUCUGUUGCUUUGGGCAUACGGGAAGUAUUGCAGGCGGAUGGAUCCAGGCUGGUUUGCUUUCUGCUUUCGAUGGAAGGGGCGGGCUUCCAGCUUGGCGGUGGGUGUUUGUUGUUGUAUCACUCAUUACGAUUCCUGUUGCUGCACUCGGGUGGAUUGUAAUUCCUAAUUUACCCGCGCAUAAGAGCGCGUGGUACCUCUCAGACGAGGAGAAGGAAGUCGCCGUUACUCGUCUCGGCAAGACCAAGAAAGCCAGCUGGGACUUGACUGUCUUCCGACGAGUACUUUUGAGCUGGCAGUUCUGGCUCCUUCCCAUGAUAUUCAUGCUCUACUCCCUGUGCAUCCAAGCCUGCGGCAACAACGUCAUGCCCCUCUGGAUGGCAUCCCGCGGCUAUACGACCAUCCAGCAAAAUACCUACCCCACCGCCAUCUACCUCUUCGCCAUUCUUGGCACGAUAACCUAUUCCCUCAUUUCUGACCAUCUCCAAUCGCGCUGGCAGGCCUCGCUAGCCAUCGGGUUGACCUUCAUCAUCGGGUCCUCUAUUCUGGUUGCCGACCCCGCCGCGGAUGGAUGGCACUUCUUCGCCUUUUACCUGCUCGGGACUACGUAUGCACCACAGGCUGUAUGGUACAGCUGGAUGGCCGAUGUGACAGCGCACGAUGUCCAGCUCCGGGCGAUCACGACAGGCUGGAUGAACAGCUUUGACUUUGCAUUUGUGACGUGGUGGCCGUUGGUAUUCUACCCUGUCACUGAUGCGCCGCACUAUGAGAAGGGUUACAUCGCCAGCCUGGUUACGGGAGCGCUGGUUGUGCCUUUCGUGGGAUUGAUUGCGUAUCUGGAAACAAGGGAUCGCAAGAGCGGGAAGAUUGGGCUGAGCUUUGAUGCUCAGGGCGAGGAAAACGAAAACGUAGUAAGAGAAGACGUUGAUUCGGGCUUGGUGAGUGUGCCGCAGAUAUCGUAG